AACAAAUUGCAUGCGAAUCAGUCAUCUGUGGAAAAAGUACAAGAAAAAAGCAAAAACGCAGAGAUUUAUGAAAAUAAAAUUUUCCAUUUUAGUGAUAUUUUAGUAAAUUUAAAGAAUAAUUGUUGCAUUUCGAUCUAAUUGAACUGAGAUAGUAAUGUGAUGUAAUCGUUAGUAUACAAAGUGGUGGUAAAUCGCCAAACAGAGGAGGUGACACUUUUCCUCACCGACAGUAACGGGGAAAUGAUUACAAAGCACAGGAAGGGUAGUUCCCUACACUGCAGUUGUUGCUGGCACUAAAGUGGAAAAAUAAAACAAAACAUCAAGUAAGCUUAAUACUCUGGAAAUGAUUUGAUUGUCCAGCCAGAAGCUGGCACCCGACUACACCAGGCAUACAAUGGGGUGUAUCAACUCAAAGAAAGAUAUCAAUGAUGUACACCCGAAUAUUUUUUAUGUGAUUAACAUCGACGAUGACGGUACACCAUUGUGGAGUGGACAACUGGAGGUGUCGCGAACAGAGCUAACCUUGUAUAGGAAAGGAAAAGAUCCGACGACAUGGCCAUUAAAAUGUUUGAGAAGAUACGGCUACAAUGUGGAUCAAUUCAGUUUUGAAGCCGGCCGGAGAUGUACGACUGGAGAAGGUAUUUAUGCCUUCAAGUGCAGAAGAGCGGAAACUUUGUUCUACACAGUGCAGUCGUACAUACAAGGCCGAAUCUAUAGCGAUGAGAAUACGAAUCCAAACGAUCCGUAUCCGAUACCAGUUGCGUCGACCGGACCAUCGAUUGCGGCGAGAAGUGUUUCGCAGAAUAAUACUGCCACUCGGAGUGGUCAACAAAAUGGAACUGGAACUGGCAGUUACAUUGUGAAUCGUGCUGGUAUUGCGACCAGCCAAUCUUUGAGUCCGAAUGGUACAAUCCAUUCGAAUUCGAACCAAAGCCGAAGCACUGACACACUUCCAAUUGAAACAAAUUAUCUUGAACCCACACCUAACAGACCCGGUGGACAGCCACAAACAGUCACAACUCGAUUUCAGCAGGGUCUGAGGCUAAGUUCUGUUAGUAGUGGACCCGUUAGUCCGGACGUGACAUCACCCGGUUCUCCCAAUAGCGUUACUAACAUUUUGGAGGUAACAACACUCAAUCCUUUGCCAGCUAAUAAUGCAGUCAGUGGUGCUCAUCAUGGUGUGAGCAAUCUUUAUCAAGAAUUCCCCGUGAAAGAUGGAGCUGUCGGAUACGCAACGAAUGCUACUGCACAUCGGAUGUCCUUGGACAUACCACCACAGGAAACUGCACCAGCCGCUGAAGCUGAGGCAACAUCCUCAACCAAAACUUCCGACUUUAGCUCGGUACCACUAGAACUCCAACAAGCCACACCAGAGGCGGAUCCCUCGCGAAUGUACAUGAAUGUGAACAUUGCGUGUCUAUCUGAAAAUAUAUCGAAGGCAAAGACAAAAGCAGCCAGUAAAAGUAAUUCUAGUCUCAUCUCUAUCAACAAUAACAGCAACUCAUUCGACGAGAAUCAGUAUCAGAAUGUGAAAACACCAACUUCGGUCGGACCGAAUAUGUUUGCUCAUUUACGCAUGAAUUCAGCAUAUCAGAUAGAUCCGACGCGUUUCUACGAAAAUCUGGAACCCGGCGAACUGAAAUCUGUCCUCCUGCGUGGCCGCUACUCGAAGCCAGACAUAUUCGCAAACGUUGAUCUUCCGCUGGAUAACUCCGAACCGUGCACACCGACCGCGGUCAAUCGGAAGGUUCAUUACAUCGUGCUGGAUCUUGACCAGGCAAACUCAUCGCACAACACGAACGCACCGGUUCUGGUUACCUCUCCGACGGGAACCGCACCCACCGGCGGCAGCAACAACAAUAACCCGACGGUAGUCAAUCUGAACAAUCCGAACGAAGCAUCACCUUCCAACAUGCAGGUGCCGGUCACCGGAGGAUUACUACCGCCGGAAAGUCCGAAGAAGGCCUCGCUCGGCUACGCAACCAUAGAUUUCAACAAAACGUUUGCCUUGAGCAACUCAACCACACCGUCGUCCGAGCUGGACAGCGAAGGUUCGCGCAAAACCCGCCACAAUUCCACCGUAACGCCACUGACGCGACAGAGCAACUCGGUCAGCGAUUAGAACCGUUUGCGGGAACUGUAUCGCUUGCGAUCAUUGUUCGGUAAGGUAUCGGUGUUAAUUUAGGUUCGGUUCUUGUAUUUUUUAUUUUGAAAGCGAUUCAUCGAACGGCAGUUUUUGGACAGCCUAACCUGGUACACAUUUUGAUUCAUAACGCUAGUAACGAAUGACGUACCUGUUCUCAACGAUGACAUGUUUGUAGAAAUGAAUGGAUGAUUCGUAUCACGAUUGAAAUGAUUGCAAAUAUUGUGUUGGUUAAGUCAAAUAUGAAAAAAACUUUAUUAUCAUAAUUUAAAAAACAGGAAGUGGGUUAUAUCGGUGGUAUAACCGCAAGUUUGGCGUAGGACUGUCGUUCGCUUAAAUAUGCAUCUUGUUGGUUAAUGAAUCGAGGUGACCGUACUUAAGGCACUGCAUUGGUAUUGGAAAGUAGUUUCUAGUCUUUAUUCUCAUAAAUUCACAUUUUAGGUGUUCAGGACGGAUUGAUUUGUUAACCGUGAUGAUGGAGUAUUGCUAUCUGUUAGUAGCGACGUCAUUACUGCGUACAAAUGGUUGUUACUUCAAAAUGUUUUUCUCAAUAAUUCUCAAUUGUUUUCGAACAAACAUACCAUGGUUAUAUGUUUCGAGUAUGUUUGGCGUAAUAAAGAAUGUGAAUCAGUCAAAAAGUGGAUUUUGGUCAUGAUGGCGCUUACGUCAACCAUUCAUAUUUGGGCAGUACAGGUGGCGUGAUGUUGUAGCAUUUUCCUAACUGUGUGGCAAUCACAACGUCAGCCUAAUCCUCUUAAAUGGCACUAACGUUCGUAGAGGACUUCUCCGUCUCAUCGUAGUAUUACUUGCGUCAUUUUACUAGUAGGGUAGGGUGGCGCUAGUUGGUCAUUUUCGGAUAAAUUUGAUUAUAACUUUGUAGUACGAAUUUUUGGGUUAGAAUGUUUAUACCACAAUGAAGCUUACCUUUUACCCUUUCAAUAAAAAAUAAGCAGAUUAUCUUUUAUUUGACACUUCUCUUUUAUUUAACGUCUUUAUAUUUCAGAUUAAAUUGACCAACUAACCCCACACACGGGGUAAUUUGGCUAAUAAUAGGCAUGUUCUUUUUGAUCAAGUAACAAGCGUUUUUCCAUUAGAAGUUUCCUUUAUUAUUCAUUAAAUAAUUAAAUCAAAACAAAAACAGUGAACAAACAUCAUGUUGUCAAGUAAAAAAAACAAAUUAAUGAAAAUUUCAAAUUCUCAUCGUUGUUGGAAAUUAAUCAGGCAAUCUUUUCUAGCGAUUUCGUCUUUCUUCCACUUUGCGGCGCACCAGAGAUGCCAAGUUUGAAGACAUUCGAUUUUGUGAAGACAUUUUGAAGAUAUUAUGGAAUAUGUGAAGACAUUUCACUGUGAUAGCGUACUUUGAUUUUGAGGAGAUAUUAUUUCCAUGAAAUUCUAACUAUUGGACGAAAAUAUCGUCAAAAAAGUAGGGCUUUAGUCUCAGUGAACGAAGCGGUCUGAAUACAUAUUGUCUCUAGAAGACAUUGCACUCGAAAUUGGAAUAAUUAUGACAUUGCAUUUCUAUUAUUUCGGGCCUUUUUUUAUCCCAUUUAUUUAUUUUUCAGGCUCACAUUUUAUCUGUAACAGAGCCGGGUUUUUAUCGUGUACAUGUAUACAUGUUUAUGUUUCUAUAAAUUGUAAAUUACACAGUAGUAGUAGUAGCCAUUUAAGCGUAAGGGUAUUCUAUCUGUUCUUCCAUUGUUCAGUAGACCGGACAGCGGAUCCAGUUGAUAUUGAUCAUUGUUGGGUUAUUUAUAGAACAGCAGCCCGAUGUUUCUUGCAGAGCAGAGCGGUUGUAUGGAUGAAUCGAUCUUUGUUCCACCGUGGAUCGAUCUACAUAGCUGAUGAUGGUUGCAUGGACGUAGUUAUUCUAUAACAACACAAAGAUGGUCAAUUGAGGGCCCUGAGUUUGAACUCACGAUUGAUCGCUUAGUAAGCGAUCGCAUAACCAAGUGGCUACGAAGAACCCCUAUUUCGGGCCUAUACUAUACAAUAGAUUAACCUAGAUCUUUCAAACGACCACUUCACAAAUCGAAGGUUUUUCGGUUACAUACCUUUUCAACGGUUCGUUUUAUGGAUAUGGUAUGAGUUACAACCAAAAUUUCAAAGCUAAAAUAAACAAAUUGAGUUAUCAUAGUUCCGUUUUUGUCUGAAGAAAUUUCGUCCGAUAUUAUGGUGAAACAUUUGAGGACAUUUUCUAGUACCAUGUGAAUACAUUUGAAAAAAUCACCAGACAUCCUGCGGCGCACAGCCGUUUUUUUUGCUUGCAUUUGUUUGUCCCCAAAGUAUAUUGAAGUAACCUACAGGUAUGCUACAUUACUCAAUGCAUUAUUGUGAGUUCUAAUAUUCAUUGUUAACGUUUAUUAUAUUUAAUGAAAUUUAAAAGCAAAAAAUACAAAUAUGACAUUAUAUGGCAAGUGGUUUGUGCGGAUGUUGGUAUCAGGUUGUUGAGAUUACUUAGUUGAGAUUGUUAUACCAAAUAACACGUCUUAAAUGCAUUCUGAAUGGUAAGCUCUAGAAAACGCGUGACCACAGUGCAAAUCGGAGGAAAUUUCUUUGACGAAAAAUGCCAUCGGCCAGAACGGGAAUCGAACUCGAACCCCCGGCAUUUUAGGUGUGACGCUAACCUCUAGGCCAUGGGAGCACACCGUUCGCCUAAUACGUUGUUUUAUAUACUAGGUGACAUUGUUUCUUGUAGUGCUAAUGGGAAAAUGUUCAUUCUCCAAUAGUUGUAAUGCAGGCAAUCUGCCUGCCUCCUUCCUUGUUUGUAUUAAAGAGGCUUUAAACACUGCAAUUAAUUUGCCUCUCCAAUCUGCCACACUGUAUGAUUAGUGUAUCUUGUGUAGAUCUGUUGUGAUAAUUCAUUACAGAAUAGCUUGUUAUUUCUUAUAUAGCCAUCUGGUCACUUUGUGAAAUCAGAGUUAGAAAUAUUCCCACUUAUUUUAUUUUUUUCUCAAUGGAGAAGAGAUCUCAGGGGAUCUUUUCUCUUUUUUUGUUAUGUUAUUUGCUAGAAUUGAUGUUCGUCCGUUUUGUUGCCAUCUCUAUACCUAAUUGAUGGCAUGAGUUGUGAAACUUCAUCCCGAACUAUUAGAUGAUAUCUUUUUUUCUGAACUUCCGUAAUGGUGGACUCUAGUUCUCCGAUCUAUUUUUUUCAGUUUUCAAUCUGGGCCUAAUGAUUAUUGUUUUCGUUAACGACUUGGUUAUUUACGUUAUUGUUCACAGCAAAUCUUUGCUGGACCUUAGUUACGUCGGUGUAACUUUUUAUUUUACCUUGGUGUGACCGUACUCGAAGCCUUUCAAAGCACUGUAUUGGCUUUUAAAGGUCCACAUCCAGCCUCUUCCCUGGAACUCCCAUAUUUACCUUCAGAAGGUAAAUAUAGGAGUUCCAGGGAAGAGACUGAAGAGCCAGUAAGUGACUGUUAUUUGCGCAGUUACCCUGGCUUCACCAGCCUCCGUUACGGGGUCAUCCUUAUGAGUUUCAUGCGACAGGGCAUGCUUACUGAAAAUAUCCACGUUUGGAUAAAUUCUGCUGCACUUUUUGUUGCAAUAGUGAAAUUUACUUCCAUAAAUUAUGUUCCUUCGGAAUAACGUCCUAGCGAACCAACUGGAUAGUAGAAGGCACGCCCAAAAAAUCAAAAAUUACUUCCAAUCUCAAACAAUAUUUGCAGUUAUUCACAUGAUACGAACCCAAUACAAUGUUAGAAUGUUAUAUUGUAUAUUGACUCCAAGAGAUUUGUUUUAGUAAUUUGAAUAAGACCAAACCUAGCGAACGCAGCGCAGAGCGUGGUUGAGUUUAACUUGUAGUUCUGAUCGAAAUUGGCGUUAGGAAUUUCUACUCCAAACGAAAUCACCGAAGCAAAAAUCAACGAAAAUAUAUAAUUUCUCGUCUGUACAAUAAAUAUGUUAUUUUAGAAAACUUGCACAGAGUAGAAAAAUGUUUGGAUUUGUAUAGGUUUAACUAAAGUUGACACGAUAUUUAUAUUUGAAACAAGAUAUGUGAUUGUAAAUACAAACGAUUAAAUACAAUUUUUUAACACCACUUUACGUACCACAGCAGCCUUGCCUCUAUUUUAGUGACUGUUUUGUGUUAAACACGUUUUAACUAUAAUUAAUUCUAGCACAAAAAGUGAGAUAAUUUCGGAAUACGAACUCUAUUCAACCUGGUUUGAUUACCGUAGGCUUAGCACGAGUAUGAUAAAGAGGCAGAAGAGGAUCCCAAGAAGAAAAAAAAAUGUUGAAGGAGCGACCAAAUCAGAUUGAUUGCGAAGUUUACCGGAAAAAAGAAAAUACCAAAUAAAAGGAAUGAUAUUAUGCACAGUUAUAUCAAACAUAGGUAUUUAAUAGUGAAAUUUAUCGAGUUGCUUUUUGUUUGUACAUUUGCAACGCUGAAUAAGUUUGAUUUGAUUAGCCAACUAGCACAAUUCGAUGCAAAGGCACAUUUUAUAGUUUAUGCAGAUUUACGUGAAUAAUAGAAUAUGGUUAAUAACCAACAUAGAUAUAACCAUAAGAAAACAUAACUAUGCAACGUAGCGUAUGUUGAUCAACGUGUAUGAGUAAAUGCUUCAAUACAAAGUUUCGUUAUAGAAGACCGAAAUGUAAUAUAAUUGCCAAAAUAGGGAUAAGCAUGAACAAUGCGAAGUACAGGAAUGUAUAAGAUUAUAUGAGUAAGUUUGUGAGACUAAAUAAAUACCAUUAGUUUAUUACAAAACAA